GGAGGUGAUGGAGGUUUUCAGCAGCAGAUGCAGCUGUUUAUUUUUCACACACCUGAGGAAUCUGUUUUCUGCCAUGGUGACCUUGUGAGGAUGUCAGAGGUCAAAGAUCGCUCAGGUGCUGCUGCCAUGACGCGCUCGUGCUUCUUCUUCCUGAUGAUGAUGAUGAUGAUGAUGAUGAGUAACAUGGCUUCAGCUCAGUUUAAUGGAUUUAACUGUGACGCUGGUUUUCACAGCAGAUUUCCUGGUGAGCGUGACAUCAGUGUGUACUGUGGCGUUCAGACCAUCACCGUAAAGAUUAACUUCUGCCCGGUGAUUUUCUCUGGUUACACUGUGGCAGAUUUGGCUCUGAACAGUUUCCACGGCGACGCUCAGUGUCGAGGCUUCGUCAACAACAACACGUUUCCCACCGCUGUUGUUUUCAGCAUCAGCCUCAGUUCACUGGAGGCCUGUGGUAACAGUCUGCUGGUGAGUACAGUGUACGGACCAAACGUGUACGGGAACAUGUCUGUGGUGCAGACUGGAAACGUGUCAGGUUACAUUGACACUCCUGACCCUCCUGACAUCAUCAGUUAUCUGCCCAGUCUGCUGUAUAAGUUCAGCUGCACGUAUCCUCUGGAGUAUCUGGUCAAUAACUCACAGCUGGCAUCCUCGUCUUCAGCUGUAACCAUCAAGGACAACAAUGGUACCUUUGAGAGCACGCUCAGUAUGCUCCUAUUUAACGACUCGACGUACAGUCAUCCUCUGUCUAUUCCAGCGUCGGGACUCGCUCUGAAAACACGAGUGUUUGCCGCAGUCAAAGCAACAAACUUAGACAAAAGGUGGAACAUCUUGAUGGACGACUGUUACGCGACGCCCUCGGGGAAUCCUAAUGACCAACUCCGCUACGAGCUUUUCUUCGGCUGCUACAAAGACCCACAGACGAUCGUGUUUGAGAACGGCAGAAGUCAGAUGGGACGUUUCUCCUUGGAGGUUUUCCGUUUCAUCAAACACCGACACCAGAAACUGUCCACGGUGUUUUUACACUGCGUCACCAAACUGUGUCGAGCCGACGACUGCGUCACGCUGAUGCCAUUGUGUAUGCGACGACGCCGACGUCAGCGGGAAGAUGACAAGAGUCCAGAUUAUCCUGCAGCAGCAGCAGCAGCGUCGAGUAACGCCGUCAUCACUGCUGGACCCAUUGUCACCAGGAGUGAUGAAACUUCUGUCUACAACUCUCAGCUCGCGUCUGCAGACUCCUCCCACUCACUGAACCCAGUGACCAGCGCUCUGAUCUCAGGUGUGGUCAUUCUGGGCGGAGUCAGCGUGACCUUCUUCCUGAUGUCACUCCACCUCCUGCACAAGUCCCGCCUCCCAGCGAGCUCUGCCUCAGGUGUUUGGAACAACAGCUUGACAUGAACAUGGAUCAUGAACCAAAGGUCAAAGUUCUGUCUGAGUUUUACUGACAUUAAACGUGUUUGUAUGAUU